AUGAACUUGUUCAUACCGAUCACAAUCGCUUUCAGCAGCGCAAGAUGCGAUAUUAUGAGGAUCAUCUACGAGCUUGAUGACAUCCUAUACAACGUCUUCCUCACGGGUCUAACGCUCGUCUUGAAAUUGGUUGCGGGUUUUGUACCUUGCUUGUACUGCAAGUUACCUCUUAAAGAGUCUUUUGCCGUUGCCAUCCUCUUGAGCUGCAAGAGUUUCCCGGAAAUCUUUAUCUACGAAUCCACAUUCAAUGAAAAGUAUUUAUCGCAUGCAACGUACUCGUUCUUGAUCAUUUAUGUGCUCAUAAACACUGCAAUUGUCCCGGUGGUCUUAAAAAGUUUGUAUGAUCCAAAGCGAAAAUAUGUUGGUUACCAAAAAAGGAAUAUCUUGAGUCUAAAACCAAACUCAGAUCUCCGGAUUCUAACUUGUGUGCGCAGACCUGAUAACAUCUCCGGGACCAUCGCAUUCCUCCAAUUAUUGUCCUCACCAAACCAUCAACUCCCCAUCGUGGUCACAGUCCUCCACCUUGUGAAGCUUAUUGGUCAGAUUGUUCCGGUCUUGAUCUCACACAGCAAGAAUUCGAAACGGCUGAUCAAAGAUUCGUACAUCAACACCACAAUACUUGCCUUCAACCAGUUUAUCAAAGAGAGCUUGGGUUCAACAACUGUGUCCAUGUUCACAGCCCUCUCGCAUGAGAACCUAAUGCACGAAGACAUAUGCAUGCUCGCGCUAGACCAGGCCACAUCGAUAAUAGUCGUCCCGUCUGGGAGAACAUGGACCACAGAUGGGGUGUUCAAGUCAGACGACGAGGCUAUAAGACGUCUCAACAUGUCGCUACUGGAACGUGCACCUUGUUCUAUUGGGAUACUCGUGGACCGCGGACACUUCUUGCGUAGAGGCAAGAAAAAGAAAAACAUCGACGUCGGUGUAAUUUUUAUUGGAGGCAAAGAUGAUCGUGAGGCCUUGUCGCUCGUGAAUAGGAUGAAAGACAACCCGAAGGUCCGUGUGACUGUGAUUCGACUAAUAUCUAACCAAGAAACGGAGUCGACAAACUGGGAUUACAUUCUUGAUCACGAGAUUAUCAAAGAGCUAAAGAAUUCAGAAACAACCAAUAAUUUUGCAUAUAUAGAGAGGAAUGUGCACGGUGGUCCUGAAGUGGCUACUACGGUACUAUUUCUCGCUGAAGAGUAUGACCUCAUGGUGGUUGGGAGAGAUCAUGGCAUGUCAUCACCGGAUUUCUCAGGACUGAAGGAGUGGAUCGAACUUCCGGAGUUAGGUGUCAUCGGAGAUUUGCUAGCGGUUAGAGAUCUUAGAUCUCGGGUCUCUGUUUUAGUAGUUCAACAACAACAUCAUGCGUGA